AUGGCGUCCUACGCCGGAGAUUUAGAUGUUUUGUUGAUUGGUAAAACUGGAAACGGAAAGAGUGCAACUGGUAAUUCAAUUCUAGGGAAAAAGGGUAAUUUUACAGUUAGCUACAGCCAUAACUCAGUAACAAGAAAGUUUGCUUAUGAUGUGUGCGAAUAUAAGGGUUUUAAUAUACAAGUAGUUGACUGCCCUGGAACCAUGGACACAGAAUAUACAAAUCCCGCUGAUCAAAUUAAACUGGUUUACAAUGAGUUACAAAAAGCAAUAAUGCACAACACACAGGGCUAUAGUGCCUUUCUUUUGGUUUGUAAGUUUGGAUCACGUUUCACAGCUGAAGAAUCAAACUCAAUCGGCAUUCUAAAAGGGAUUUUAGGUGAUGAAUUUUUGAAUAGAUUUGGUAUAGUAAUACUGACAAAUGGAGGGGAUUUUGAAAAUGAAUGUUUAAAUGAUCGGGAUUUCAAUCUGUACAGCUUCUGUAGAAGCCAAACAGGUGGGUUCAAAAACUUACUAACAGAUUGCCAAAACAGAAUCGUUGUUUUCGAUAACAUCACAAAAGACGAAGCUACACAAAUAAAGCAGCGUGAUGAAUUACUGAGAAUUAUUUUUGAACUUAACAAUGACAGAAGGCGAUAUACAAACAAACAUUUUGAAAAAGCCAAUGAUGCUUACAGAAAAAUGAUAGGAGCUGAGACAACAGUCAUUGGAAAAGAGUUUAUAAAUGCACAGAGCUGGAUUUUAGAAAAAGUAAGAAAAGCUCAAAAUAUAACAUCCGUCGAAAAGAAAACAGAAUCGCUUCGUCAGGUUUUAAAGCUAGUUAAUGUGUUGCAAGCGCGGAUGAGGACAAGUAAUAGUGAUUCGUUGCAUAAAAAUAUUAUGGAAACACGUCAGCUUAUUGAAGCUCAGUUAAGUAACCCUUGCACCAUAAUGACAGCAGAAAGAGAACAAAUUGAAAAAAUUUUUAGGGAAAUCAAAGAUGAACUCGACGUAACUUUCCUUUUAAAAUGCAAGUACUAUUGGGAAAGAUUUGUUGGCUUUUUUUAG